UUUUCUUUGGAGUUUAAACUGCAUAGUAGAAUCCAAGACUCAUCCAGGUGAUAUAGCGGUGCUAAUGGAUUUUAAAAACGGGUUCGACCCGAUAUCCAUUCCUCCCGGAUCCUGCCUGAGUUCCUGGGACUUCGCCGUCGAUCCAUGCGACUAUAUCUUCUCCGACCGGUUCACUUGCGGCAUCCGGUGUGACGUCAUCGUGUACGGUUCAAGCCGAGUCACGGAAAUCAGCCUGGACCAGGCCGGAUACAACGGUUCACUGUCUCAUUCCUCCGCCUGGAACCUCCCUUACCUGGAUGUUCUCGACGUCUCUUUCAACUCGCUCUCCGGCGACAUUCCGGUCUCCGUCUCCAACCUGACUCGUCUGCGCCGGUUCAGUCUCUCCAGGAACUCUUUCACCGGUUCAAUCCCCGGCUCGAUCGGUUUGCUUCUCUAUCUACAAGAGCUUUUCCUCGAUAACAACCGCCUCACCGGUUCAAUCCCGCCGAGUUUCAACGCGUUGGUGAGAUUGAAGAGACUCGAGCUUCAAAACAAUAAUCUCUCCGGCGAGUUACCAAAUCUGAGUCAACUCGGAAACCUGUACUUCGUAGACCUAAGUGAUAACUCAAUCUCCGGCCGAUUCGCGGCGGUGUUCCCGAGAUCCGUAAUUGAACUCUCGAUCCGAAACAACUAUUUAACCGGCAGGAUCGCCGGAAAUACAGUAUCGGAGCUGAGAUAUUUACAAGUACUGGAUCUGAGUCACAACGAGUUAUCCGGAAGAGCGCCGGCGGCGCUCUUCCGGCACCGAUCGCUUCAACAGCUCACUCUUUCGCACAACAACUUCUCGCUCCUGCAAAUCCCGGAAGACAGGGGCGUUCUUAGCAAGCUGAUUGCGAUUGACCUCAGCUACAACAAACUGCGCGGCUCCUUGCCGGAAUUCAUGGCGUCGCUGCCGAUGCUAUCGGCGCUGUCGUUGGAGCAUAACAAAUUCUCCGGGACGAUACCGACUCAGUAUGCAACGAAGGCGGCGAUUCCUAAGGCCGGUACGGCGUCGUUCGAGCGGUUAUUGCUGGGCGGGAACUACUUGUUUGGGCCGGUUCCGGGCCCAUUAUGGAGGUUGAAGCCCGGGUCCAGUAAUGUCAGUUUAGUGGAUAACUGUCUGUAUAGGUGUCCAGAAGAGGUAUAUGUUUGUCAAGGUGGGAUUCAGAAAUCCCCAGUGGAUUGUAACAAGUUUAGGCCCAUGAUUCCUUAAUCUUUUCUACCUAGUAUUUUUAGGGCAAAUUAUACCAUGGACCAGGUCUACUUUGCAUUAUAGAUCCUGGUCCAAAAAUAAUCUUCAGAUUUGUAUCUAUAGUUAACAUAUUAUGUACUUGUAGUUGAAAGUUUUUGUACCUAUAGGUUGUAGCUAUCAUAUUAUGUGUCAGCAAUUAUCAA